GAGUUUCUUCUCAUGUCAAAUUAUGCAGACAGAAUAUUUUUGACAACCUCUGAGACAUUCCUGAUUUCGUGUUGAAAUAUCCAUUGAUUGAACAAUUGGUAUAAUGUUACGAAUUGUAUUAGAAGGGGCUGUCGGUAAACAGCGGUUGUCUGGUCUUCGAUUUGCAGUGACGGAAAGUAAUCGAGUUGUCACUGGGCAGUGCUUUAAACCCAGCGCUAGUACUUUAAAUUGGUCCCCAAAACCAGUUCCUAAUAUAACCCCGUUUCCGCACUGGUCAUGGAAAUCGUUGAAGUGGCUGGAGGAUUCGUCAGAGGCUGGAAGAAGGUCAUUUCUCAGCACUGCUAGAGUGAAUAAGGCAUCGUUUUCUUACCAGAAGGUGUCUCGUUGCUUCUACACUUCGAGUACAAAAGAGUCUGAACAGGGAAGACUUAUUUAUACUGGAAACAUUGCAAAAGCCGUACUUGGGGUGAAAUUCUUUUCAUACUCCUCCAGUAUGUUUAGCCUGUGUGUGAUGCCAUAUGUUCUUUUCAGAUCUGGAGUCGGAGUUCAGAACCUUGCCUUGCAAGUGGCAUUUUAUAGCAUUGUUGGAGUCUUCACCUUCUUGACACCUUUGCUCCUGCACUUGAUCACAAAAGGUUAUGUGGUCCGAUUGUACCACAAUGCAGAAACAGACACAUACACAGCAGUCACAUACAGUGCCCUCCUUGUGGAAAAAAAGACUGUGUUCCAUCAGAAAGAUAUUAAGGUGCCAGAUAUAAGCAAGAUGUUCACGACAUUCUACGCUAACAAGAAAUCCAUGCUGGUUAACCCAAUGCUUUUUCCAGUCCCAAAUGACUACAACCAUCUUAUGGGUUAUGACCAACCAUUUUCUUUUGACUUGGAGGAUCUAAGUGAUCAGGAUAAGAACAAACAAAGUUGAUUGGUUGUGAACAUUUAACAAGGAUUUGUUUUGUUUGUUUGUUUGUUUUGUUGUUGUUUUUAAGGCAGUAAAACAGCUAAAAAGCAAAAACAUAAAAAAAAAAACACUUGAAUUUGAUAAUAUUAAAUGGGAGUCUAUUUUUAUGAUCCAAACCAUGCUGUAUCCAGACACUGCUGCCUUACAUUUCGCUGUGAACUGACCUGUUUAAAAUGUAUUUCUAGUAUAUAAAUAGUGAUGUUAAAAAGGCCAGCUUUUUAAUCCAUUUUUUAUGCUUGAGAAAUCGUGUGAUAUUUUGACCUUUCACACACCCUGAAGCAGGUGGAGAAAAUUGGAAGGACAUGACUUCUGAAGUCCAAGAAGCAUGGAAAGGGUAAACAGAAAACAUUUUAAUAGCAUUUGUUGUUAUAUGAACUUUAAUAGUCAGUAGUUAUUAAAUCAGCUGCUAUUCAGAUCAUUAAAAUAGACUGCCUCAGUCUUUUACUGCUGAAAAAAAGGUUAGCUUUGUCUAAUAAGGUACAUUUUCUGAAAUGUAAUUCAAGGAAAUCCAAGUCACUUGUGUAUAAAUGAAUAUCUAGGAAAUGACCCAUAAAAAGUCAAAUAAAUGUUAUAAACGACAA